AUAACACAAUCGCGUCUGCCUCAUCAGCGACGAAACAUGCGUCUUCCCGUGCUGUCUCUCUUGUUCUGCAUCGGCCUUGCGCUCGCCCAGCACAAUCAAUACCCCGUGACCACGCCGGUGCCCAUUUUAAAGCAGAUAAAUAAACAUAACGAGGACGGUAGCUACAGUUACGGAUACGAGGCAGCGGAUGGUUCUUACAAGAUCGAAUCGAAAUAUCCAACUGGAGAAGUAUAUGGAAAAUACGGAUUCGUCGAUGAUACUGGGAAUAUUCGAGAAGUGGAAUAUGGAGCGUCCAGACGCGGAUUCGAGCCAGCAGGUUCUGGUAUAAACGUACCACCGCCAACCUUGACUGGUAACAGUAUCGCAAAUCCAAAUCAACCCGAGGACGAUGGCCAAUAUAGAGAGGACCCCUCUGUUUAUUACACGGAUCCCCGAUAUACAAACGGAGAACGAUAUGAACCUGUACCUCGUCAACCUUUGGUCCAGAAUCAACCGCGACCAAUUCCGGCACCGAUCUAUAAUCCACCCAGGUAUCCUACGCAAGUGCAGUAUCAGCCGAAGCCACAGUAUCAACCGGAAUAUCGACCGCAGUAUCAACCGCAAUAUCAGGCCCAACAACAGCGACCCGCGUAUCCAGCCGCGCCGACUCAAAGCGGAAUUCAAGGUCGUCCGGCACCCGUCGAUCCCAAUGCCGGGUUAGCCUCUUACUCGGUUACUUACAGGCGAUAGGGAUCCUUCGAUCACGUUAGCAUGUGUAAAUAUUGCGUUAUUCGUAGGCAUUUCCGGGACGUGUUGCAGAGAUUGUAGUUUGGGCCAGUUCGUUUAUUUUUAUUCGAUUCCCAAACCAUUAAUUUUAGGCUGAUUUUCUGAUAAUUAGGCUGUUACGUUUCUUUUCUUGGUGAAUGUUAAUAUUUGAAGGACAGAUAUUUCUUUUAUUUAUUAAUAUGUCGAUAGGAAGUUUAAAAACGUACAUCUUGCAAAUUAGGCAACAUACUCAUGAUUUGUUUUUUUUUUUGUUAAUGUAAUUUUUAUACAUGUAGCUAUUGUUUAUUAAAAACAUAGUUUUCAAUCUAUGUACAUAUUAAUAAUAUAUUUUUACUUGUCGAUGGCAUCAAAUAGCUAUAAAGAUCGGGAUAUUCUUUUGUACGAACUAUGAGAAAGUUAAAGUUUCUUUUUGUAAUUGUUUAAAUAAUAUUUACGUAUAUAAGCGACAUCUAAAAUAUUCAUUUUACGCAAAACAAUAUCUGUUUAGCUCCGUUCUUUUUUCACUCCUUUUAAUAAGAGCAACAGUGUGAAACAAUAAUCCAUUACAAUAACAAACAUUGCAUUAAACAUCAAUUUCUCGUCCUUCAAAUGUUAGCUAAGCAGAAGUAUCUCCAGAGUGUAAUUUAUCUUCUAUCGUCUCAUAGAACAUUUCGAUAUUCUUCUACAUCUACGUUUUAUCUUUCGAAAAUUUCCUAGAAAUCUUUUCUGCAGAAUGUUGAUAUAAAUCAACUGAGCUUUCGUAUCGAUAAUAAUUUGUAGAGCUGCUAUAGAUCACCCAUAUCUUAAUAUGGCAUCGAACGCAUCAAUAUUCAAGAUAACAAUCUACAGAACACAGGAUAGUAUGUUCAGGAAGACACUCUGCUACUUAAUAUUCUAUACGAUUCUCACUCUUACUUAUCUUCCAAACACUUGGUAAUACUCCAACAUGUCCAUUUAGACUCUGAAAGUAGUUCCUUUGUAAAAUUCUACCUCUUCCUCGCCUUUCUACCUCUUCUCCUACCAGUUCUUUUUACUUGUUCUGUCUACCUCUUCGUUCUUACUUCUAUGACUCAUUGUCAGUUAUUUACAUUUCUUGUUAUUUAGCCGUUUUUCUGUAUCACCUAAACGCUCAAGGCAUCAUGUUUCACGAUUAUAUUGUCCACUUCGCGUAUAUCAUUUGACAAUAGGAAAGAAAUUUUGAUUUGUGUACGGACGUAUCUGCAUCUACAAUUUAAUCGUCUAACUCUCAUAGCACAGAUUAUAGUACAAGAUUAUGAUAAAAUGUUGGAAAUUUUGUUAAUUUCAUCGGUAUGAAAGUUGUUCACAUAACGCUUAAGGAUAUCGUUUCAUUUUUUAGUUCAA